AUGAGUCUCAAGUACCUGGACUUCGCUUCGUCCCAGCGGAAGGUUCAGCUCCGUGACUUGAUGAAGCAUAUCGAGGAGUUCGAGCGGAGCAGAAUCAACGACGAGGAAAUGUUCUCGUCCGGUGAGAAGGGAGGAGAGUCGAGGUGGGAGGGGGAGAGAAAGGAGGAAGCGGAUGAGGUGAAGCAGAUCGUGAAGGAUCUGUCGGAAGACCUCAAAACAGAGAUGUUUGAUCAGCUCCAGAGAGUGUCUCAUCACACUGCGGUUCUGUUGAGGCACGUCUUUCUGCAGGCAGAAGACAACAACAUGCAGAUGCUCGUCGAUUUUGCGAGCUUGGAGGAUGAGUAA